UGUCCAGCCGGACGUAAUGGUUGAGGAAGAUACCUUUACUCGUCUAACUGGUUCUUUGGUGACUUAUGUCGUUGUAGCAGUACUCAUGGUGUUUUCUGGAUGUGUGACUACACUCUCAAUGAAAUGGGCUGAUUUGACAUCUGCAGUUGGUCAGAAGGGAGUGUAUAAAGUCCAUCUUUGUUAUAAAUUGUUUGGUGACAUUCCUUGUCCGAAUGAUAACAACAUCAGUGAUCACGGACAUUCUCAUAAAUUUAACCAUCCAUUUUUCCAAGUAUUUGUGAUGUUUCUUGGUGAGAUGUUAUGUUUCGUUGCGUAUAAACUUAUUGCAGUGUGGCAUUUUCGCAAAGGAACAACACCCAUUACAGGCAAACCAUUUAAUCCAGUUGUCUUUUUAUUUCCUGCAUGCUGUGACAUGAUUGGCUCAUUUGUGAUGAUUGUGAGCCUUACCAUGACAUAUGCAUCAGUCUUCCAGAUGCUUCGUGGUGCUGUUGUUGUAUUCACUGGAUUAUUGUCUGUUGUAUUUCUUAAGAAACGGUUAUUCAAACGGCAUUGGGUUGGGAUGACAUUGGUCAUCAUUGGAUUAGUGUUGGUUGGUGCAGCAAGUAAAAUAGAGGGUGAUGACAAAGGACAAGACACAAUGUCACAAUUGACUGGAAACCUGCUUGUUGUGAUUGCUCAGGUUAUUGUUGCUGUGCAAAUGAUCUAUGAAGAAAUGGUUAUCAAGAAAUAUGACGUACCAUCACUGAAAGCUGUUGGAUGGGAAGGAAUCUGGGGCAGCAGUUUGCUUGGUUUGUUACUGAUUCCAUUUUAUUUCAUUCCACUAACAAUAUCUGAUGUGCAACCUAAACGUUUGGAAAACAGUAUUGAUGCUCUAUAUCAAAUACACAACAGUGUACCACUUAUUAUUUCCAAUGUCACUCUGCUACUAAGCAUUGCAAUCUUCAAUUUCUCUGGCAUUAGUGUGACCAAAACAAUGAGUGCAACAACCCGAAUUGUUCUAGACUGUUUGAGGACUCUCUUUAUUUGGGUAAUUAGUCUUGCUCUCAAAUGGGAUAAAUUUUACUACCUACAGCUGGUUGGUUAUCUGUUGUUGGUGUGUGGAACUACCAUCUACUACAAUCUUGUGUUUGUGCCUCUCUGGAAAAAACUUAAACAGAAAAGGAUGCAGGAAGAAAAACGAUUGCUGUGCGAUACAACAAAUAGGGAAGUUGAGAAUUAGCAUUUUGUUGUUGUUGUAAUCGACUGCUCUCCAGUUUGCAAACUUUGUUUUUCAUGCAUGGUUCAUUAUGCAUGUCUCUGUGAAAUGUCUGCGUGUAUGGAGGGUCUGUGCCCCUUUUGAUAAUUCCAAUUUUUGCAUUUCAAUGCUGUUAAAAAAUUGCAAAUGUCUUAAAUGUUGUAAUGUACAUUUGAUUUUUUACAAACCAUAAAGCAAAAAU